AUGAGGAGCACCUCAAGUACUCACCAGGACACCGCCUUCGCCGACCUCCACGUCGAUGCUGCCGCCGACUUUCUCCUGCCCACCGAUGACGCCCAGCCUCGCUGCCUCACCGCGUCCGAUGAGGCCGCUACGUGCCAUGACCUUGUCACGGAGAUCAGCCAGGUGUUGACGAAAUGUAAGCGACCUGUCCAGCUUUAUGCCGCAGUUGAUAUUUUCUAUUUACCAAAUUGCCUCUCUUUAGGUUAUCAAGUUCUAGCCCCAGCUGCAUACUAUGAUCAAACUGGCACCUUGGUGGUGGGUCCUGGCGCAAGGACUGGAUUAGGGACACCAGUUAGGCUGGUAGCAUCGACGCCAGUUAUUAUCAGCUCUGCUGCAGCACAAGCUGCUGUGGCAGCUUCAGCUAAUGGAACAGCAAACAGCCUAGCAGCAAAUGGCCUCUUCCGUCCAAUUGGAAACCAACCACAGCAACAACAGCAACAGCAAAGUAACAACUUGCAGUCAAACUCAUUUUAUGGCAGUAGCUCCCUUUCAAAUAGUUCUCAGAGCAGUUCAUUGUUCUCUCAUGGGCCAGGCCAACCAAACAACACUUCACUUGGUUUUGGGAGCAGCAACUCGCUGGGUGCUGCAAUUGGCUCAGCACUUGGAGGAUUUGGAUCAGCAGUUGGCGGUUCUGGAAGCAACAGUGUAUCCAGAAGAGAUUCAUUGUCUACUGGCUCUGAUCUAUACAAACGACCCAACAGCAAUCUGCCUCCCAUAGGACAGCAAUACUACAGCAGCUUGGGAUUCUCCUCCUCGCCUGGUCCAAUUGGCAUGCCCCUUCCCAACCAGAAUCCAGGUCAUUCUUUAACACCACCUCCAUCCCUUUCCUCACAAGGAUCGUCAUCUACUCUGCACCUUGGCGGACUGACAAAUGGCAGUGGUCGGUUCAUUUCUGCAGCACCUGGUGCCGAAGCUAAAAGUCGUAGUGGAACUGGUUCAACAAGUCUGUUCAGCUCUAGCAGUCAGCUGUUCCCUCCCUCACGUCUUCGAUACAGCAGAUCUGAUAUCAUGCCUUCGGGUCGUAGUAGGCUGUUGGAGGACUUCCGAAAUAACCGUUUCCCUAAUCUUCAACUACGUGAUCUGGUCGGUCACAUAGUUGAAUUCUCCCAGGACCAACAUGGGUCUAGAUUCAUCCAGCAAAAAUUAGAACGAGCUACGCCUGCAGAACGUCAGAUGGUUUUUAGUGAGAUCCUGCAAGCUGCUUAUCAACUGAUGACUGAUGUGUUUGGAAAUUAUGUAAUACAGAAAUUCUUUGAGUUUGGAAGUUUGGAUCAGAAACUAGCUUUAGCCCAGCGCAUCCGAGGGCAUGUUUUACCCUUGGCUCUACAGAUGUAUGGUUGUCGUGUUAUUCAGAAGGCUUUAGAAUCCAUUUCAGCAGACCAGCAGAAUGAUAUGGUAAAGGAAUUGGAUGGACACGUUUUAAAAUGUGUUAAGGACCAAAAUGGAAACCAUGUGGUUCAAAAGUGCAUUGAAUGUGUGCAACCACAGUCUCUCCAGUUCAUUAUUGAUGCUUUUAAAGGGCAGGUAAGCACUUACUUUUAUUACAACCUAACACGUGGUGACCACUUUAUUCCUAUGUGCCAAAAUUGAUGCAAUCGAAGAGCU